ACAGUCUUGUCUCUUUGUUUAUAGUUUUGUUGUGCUCCUGUCAUAAAGUUUCAAAUUUUUGGUUUGAAGUGUUUCAGAUUUCUAAGGUUUUUUUGUUUGAGCUGAAAUUUAAUUUUUUAUAAACACAAUUUAAAGAUAAUUAACUGUUUAAAAUGUGGGGUCUAAGUAUGCACAAACACCUAAAUAUCAUACUGCAACUAAGUCCAAUGUAGUAUCCUUCAUUUGGUUACACUUGAGAUAGAUGUAUGUAGCCUUGAAUAAUUACUUAAGUCAUUAAAAUACAUCUCAAGUUUGAAUAGACCAGAAAAUAACUUUUUGUCCUUCACUGUGUGUAGUAAAUGUGUGAUAAUUUAUUGUUACUCUAAUAUCCAGAGGCGGAGGUUGGAUUGUACUUCAGAGUGCCAGUAUGACAACUGUAAGAGGAAAAUUUAUUAGACUCAGAUUGUUUUCAUUUUUCCAGAUAAAAUUUAUUUACAUUUUGUUUAUGAGAGGUGGAUGAGGCACCUCCUUAAAGUAUACAAACAUCUGUCUCUGUAUAAUCUCUUCUCUGGUGGCUGCUCAAAAGCUUUUACAGAAUUGGAUGUGUAAUUCCAUGCAUAACUGGUUUGUUGACAAUUCAUUUUGCCUGUCUCUUUCUGGAACUGUCAAACUUCAUUCUACUUACAGAGAAAUUAUGAUAGAGUAAGAUCUUUGAAAAUACUUACUAAAAAGGAAGUAAUAUCCUGGGCAUGCUAUUUCUCAAGAGAAAUAUUAAAUUUUUUUUUUAAAUUUAGCUUCAAUAAACCCUAUACUAGUUUUGUGCAGCCCUUAGUGUGACUCUCUGAACAUCUCAUGUGAAAGUGCAUCAGUAAUGGUUGAGUUCUCUAUAUAAUUUGCUGAGAAUAUGUUCUUUUGAAGGUUUUGAGAAUUGAGGUCUCAUCUACCUAACAAUUUCUAGUGAAGUAAGAGGCAGCAUGAAUUUAAAAACAGAGGAAUGUUUACAUGCUGCCAGUCUGCACAGAAGGUGCAUUUUGCAGUUCAUCAUAUUUCACUUUUGCAAUGGACUAAGUUAACCAGUUCAAUAUUAAUGCAAGCAUGAAGUAAGUGCAUGGAAAGACACCUUUUCCAGUUUUUAUACUCAUGAGCCUAGGUCUGUGAUGUGUCACUUAGGCUGUCCUAAGUGACUUCAGCCUGCUUGCCCAGGGUUCUGGGCAGCCUAGGCUCAUUGCUCAGCAUGAGUUACCAUACUUCGGUUUGCCUGAGCAUGUAGCUCUAGUGAUCAAGGGAAGAAAUCAUGCAGGAAAAAAAAAUGUAUUAUGCAAUCGAUUUCUUACUAGCUUUUAAGAAAGGAAGUGAAAAAGAGAAGUGAUUCCAGACUUGCUUUCAGUGGUGAAUGUGGCACUUUGUUCCAAGGAGCAUAUAGUGUGAUGGGUAGAGUUGCAGGCUUGCUGCCCAAAUUGUUAACUACAGUGAGAAUUGGUGUUUGUUGUGUUUUGGGGAAGUUGGUUUGUUGUUUUUUUUAGGGUAUUUUUAAAAAGAUUUUAUUUUUUAAAAAUAAUUUUUAAUUGGAAGUGGCCUGGUUUCUAGCCUCAUUUCAGUGAGCAAAAACCACUAUACUACUAACUGAACUACUGAUGAAAGGGACAGGUACCCUUUGCUAACUUUUCUACUUCACAGAAUUUGAGUGCUCUUUCUUUUUUGGAUGUGAAUUGAAUGUACCCUAAUAGCUUAGUCCCUAUUAAAAGCUCUUUUUUGUUUUAUGGUGUUGUAUCUCAAAAAUAAAAAAACCAGUUUUCUAUAGUAAAAGGUUAGUUAUACACAGUUUGGGCUAAUUGGUUUGAUGGGACAUUGAGUUAAAAGAAAAUCUUAAGUUGUUGACCUACAACUGCACCAUUCUUACAGGAGCACACUUGAAGCACAGUUAGUGAUGGACUGGGCAGUUUGAGUGUGUAGUUCAUUAUGGUAAAGAUGGUGACAUUUAGUUAUCUUCCUCAGGAUCCUGCAAUUACCAAGGCCUGUUAAACUUGAAGAUCUUGCAGCUAAAGCUAAAGUUGCUUUUGGACAGACUAUGGAUUUGCAUUACAGCAAUAAUGAGCUUGUAAUUCCAUUAACCACACAGGAUGACCUGGACAAAGCUGUUGAGCUACUUGACCGUAGUGUACAUAUGAAGAGUCUCAAGAUACUGCUUGUAAUACAUGGAAAUACACAGUCACCCAGUGUAAAUAACGUGGAACCCUUGCCCUCACUGGAAGAUUUAGAUAAUACAGUGUUUGGUGUGACAGACAGAAAAAGGCGACUGUCUGUAAUAGGUUCUAAUACUCGUGAUAGGAGUUCACCUCCCCCAGGAUACAUUCCAGAUGAGCUGCAUCAGGUGGCUCGAAAUGGAUCCUUCACCAGUAUCAACAGUGAGGGUGAAUUCAUUCCAGAAAGUAUGGAUCAGAUGCUGGAUCCACUGUCUUUGAGCAGUCCUGAAAACUCUGGCUCGGGAAGCUGUCCCUCACUUGACAGCCCAUUAGAUGGGGACAACUAUCCCAAGUCUCGGAUGCCAAGAGCACAGAGCUAUCCAGAUAAUCAUCAGGAAUUCUCAGUAGAGUAUGAUAUCCCAAUAUUUGAGAAAUUUGGAAAGGGGGGGACUUAUCCCAGAAGAUACCAUAUUUCAUAUCAUCAGCAAGACUACAAUGAUGGCCGUAAAACUUUUCCAAGAGCCAGAAGGACUCAGGGCAACAACUUCCGAUCACCGGUCAGUUUCAGUCCCACUGAUCACUCCCUGAGCACCAGCAGUGGGAGCAGUGUCUUUACGCCGGAAUACGAAGAUAACCGAAUGAGGAGGAGGGGCAGUGACAUAGACAAUCCUACCUUGUCAGUCAUGGACAUCAGCCCACCCAGCCGCUCACCACGAGCUCCAACUAACUGGAGACUUGGUAAACUGCUGGGUCAAGGUGCCUUUGGCAGAGUAUAUCUGUGUUACGAUGCUGACACUGGAAGAGAACUGGCUGUUAAACAAGUUCAGUUUGAUCCCGAUAGCCCGGAAACCAGCAAGGAAGUAAAUGCACUUGAGUGUGAGAUUCAGUUGCUGAAAAAUCUGCUGCAUGAAAGAAUUGUUCAGUAUUACGGCUUCUUGAGAGAUCCCCCUGAAAGGACACUCUCAAUAUUCAUGGAGUACAUGCCUGGGGGUUCCAUCAAAGACCAAUUGAAAUCGUAUGGAGCACUCACAGAGAAUGUGACUCGUAAAUACACACGGCAGAUUCUGGAAGGCGUUCACUAUUUGCACAGUAAUAUGAUUGUCCAUCGAGAUAUUAAAGGAGCAAAUAUUCUGCGGGACUCAGCAGGCAAUGUGAAACUUGGUGACUUCGGUGCCAGCAAACGGCUGCAGACCAUCUGUCUGUCUGGUACGGGAAUGAAGUCUGUCACAGGAACUCCCUACUGGAUGAGUCCUGAAGUUAUUAGUGGAGAAGGGUACGGCAGAAAAGCAGACAUCUGGAGUGUAGGUUGCACAGUGGUAGAAAUGCUUACUGAGAAGCCCCCGUGGGCAGAAUUUGAAGCCAUGGCUGCCAUCUUUAAAAUUGCCACUCAGCCAACCAACCCCCAGCUCCCUCCUCACGUCUCCGACCACGCUCGGGAUUUCUUGAAACGGAUUUUUAUCGAGGCCAAGCUGCGACCGUUUGCAGAUGAACUGCUAAGACACACGUUUGCACACUAUCACUAACACCUGCCUCAACUCAGCUUGCAUCUACUGCAUUUAUUUUCUAUUUGACUGCACUUUUAUUUUUUAUUUUUUACAAAGAAAAAGGAGAAAAAAGACAAGAGAGAGAAUAUUCUCUUGAAUCUUUGUUUCACUUAGAUUGUAAACAAUCUAAAAUUUGUAUCUAAAAUGAGAAUCUUCUCUCCCCAGUUCCCACCAGGACUAGAACUUUUUGUUUCUAUAAUGUACUGAUGUGGUUGAUGUAGAUAAAGCACUUUAGUACAUAUUUGUUCCUUAUUUAAAGAGGAAAAAAAAUUACAAAUGCUUGGACAGUCAGGAACUGUGUGACUUUUUCUGACACCGCUGACUGACUCAGGGUGCAGGGAAAAACAGACAUGCAGCUAAAGGACAAGAAGGUUACUUCUAUGUGAUUCUUAUCUAUAUUGUAGGUACUUGCAGCAGGGAGUUCUAAGUUCUUACUAUAUUUUAGCAUUUAAUCAGUUUCUGGAAUGUACAGUUUAAGCAGGAACAUGCAGUUCUGAGAGUUAAUUGAUGAAGCUGGAAGAACUUGGAACUCUUUGUACAGCAGCAUGUCUAGCUGGUACUUCUAUGUGACCAAAAGAAAAUAACAAAAACGAGCUCAAAACUGAUGUACUAGUUAGAGGUUUUGGUGUAGAAUUAUUCUAUUAUCUUAAUAUGAAAAUAAUUAGAGGUAAACAGAUUAUGGGCCCAGACUCCUAGAAACUACUAUACUGCAAAGGGGAAAUUUUCCAUGCUAGACAAGGGUCAGCUAUUGGAUGUAAAUAGUUAGGAGAAUGCCUCCUGCUCUAUCUGCCAAAGAGAACCUCUGUUGCAUAAGCUUUGAGGGACACAGUUAUCUUAGCUGAUAAAAAAUACUGAUGUUGAGGGUCAGUUCUCCUCCACAGUCCCAUGAAUGGCUGCAGGGGAAAGGGAAUGACUAAUCCUUGUGCAGUAUAUGAGUUACUGGAUUCAGAAUGAGCUCUAAGAAGUGUUUGCAAAGCUGUUAAGAGGCGCUAGGAUGGAAUGUAUGUCAACAUCAAGUGCCUGAAUAAUACAAAAUUCUUCCCAUUCUGCACUAAAAAAAAAUGGUUUAGUAAUGCAGGUCAGUCAUCUAGAAUGUGUUGAAAAUUCCUGAAAUAAAGUCAAACAUCUCUUAACAUCAGGAAAGAGUCACUGAGAAAGCUAAGACUCCAGUUAUAUUUUUAAUAAGGUUGCACUGAUGAAUCUUAUGAAGAAGGAGGCUCAGCACAGAAAAUUGUACAAAGAACAGGCCAAAAGUGCAGAGAGAGCCAGCAGUUAAAUAACAUGAGUGUGAAUAUUCCAGCCUGAUAAUCCAGAUUGGUGUUUGUCAGAUUUCCAGCUGUCAUAAAGUGUACGUUAAUUACUUUUUCUAUUUCUGAAAGAGCAUAAUAAAAUAAGUAAAAAUCUGAACUAAUGCUUCUCAACUGAGAAGGCCAGGUACUGAUCAGGUGUAGUGAAUAACUGUCUUUUCACAACAUAAAAAUCAGACUCUCAUAUUUUUGUAGAAGAACAUAGAUAAUUUAAAGGGGCAUUUGGAAAUAAACUAUUGGACGACAGAACUGAAAUUAUGUUUACUGUUUUGGAUGAUUCAUUGCUUGCUUUUGUUGUUUUUUAAAGGCAGAGCAGGCUGGUACUGUUACCCUUGUCAAGUCUGACAAAGCUCUACCUGGUCUGCCUCUUUAGAGGACUAUCAGGUUUACAAAAUGCAUGGAGACAGAACAAUAAGCUUAUCCAUUCCCACAGUCACUCAUAUAUGAAAUUUCUGAAUUGAUUCUGCUGAAUUCCAUAUGUUUUACCAGAGCAUAAGCAGGAGUAUGGAUCUUUCCUAAUUACUUUACCGGUAGUGGAGUAAGAAUGACUUUUUUGUGGCCACCUCUCCAGAGGCUGAGAGUGGUGAUUUCUUCAGCUAUGUGAGUAUCUUACCCAACUUAAAAUUUUCUUGGUCAGGGUACACAAUUGUGCAAGAUUUCCUGAGCAAAGGAAGAACUAGUCAGACCAGGAAAGUGUAAAAGGCUGAAAGAAAAGGCAGCUUGUACUGACUUUUUUUUUUUGCUGUUGUUUCUCUGUCACUAGAUAAAAGCUAUGAAGCAGCCUUUAAGAAUUGGGAUGUACUCUGCUGUAAGGGAUCUUUGCCUUAUAAGCAAAAUUUAGUGGCAGUAGGAAUGGGAAGUUUAAUGUAGAACCUAAUAGUUUAUGUAGGUAAUUUUCAAGAUCACGUAAUUAAAAUUAUUGAUUUCAGACUAAGAAAGUACCAAAACCAAGAUUAAAAUGUAUAUAAAAAUCAGUAGUGGUCAGUGAUUCCUGAGAAGGUAAGGAAAUUUUAUAUUACCAAAAAAGGACAUUAAAGGGAAAAUGUAACCAGGUUUAUCUGUAGCAUUCAUAAUAUUUAAAUAUACUAUUCUAAAGAGAAACUGCACUCUCUGAAGCUUGAAAAUUUUCAGAAUCUAGUUUUCUUAUAAUGUGACCUUUCUGUGAGACAGUGCUGGAUCAUGUAUAUUGCAAUAUCACUUCCUUGUUGUGAUUUUUAAUUACUGAACAAUCAAGUUUGCUGCUUUUGUGCCUUUUCUAAAAAAAAAAUGGCAUUCAGUCAUGACAACGGUCAGCAUUUUGGAGCCAGGAAAAAAAGCAACUUUCAGAAUGCAUUUUUCAUCAUGUCUUUGGCAUGUCAGAAAGCUGCCAAUGUAAAGACUGUGCUUCUUAAAUGAAGCUGACAUUUUCCAGUUUGAGUGAUUGUAGUAAAAUUUUACAAAUUUAACCAAGGUUCAGCUUGAGCUAGUUUUUUUCACCCUAAGGAUAAUUUCUCUGUUGACUUAAAUAACUUACAGUAAAUUAGAUGGUUAUUAACACAAAUAUUUUGAGCUAGAACUAGUUAUGAAACUAAAACAGACUUUUACCAAGAGGUUGGCUAUUACUAACCCCUAGUGGGGUAAUGUAGUAAAACAACCUGUAUACAGGGUUUGUUAAACUCUUACAGGGACUCCUGGGGUGAUGAUGAAUGACCCCUCAUUCUAGAAUUUGUGAGGUUGCAUGGAAUUUCAAGCUUUAAACUCCAUUGGAGGAGGAUUGCAGAGCCAAGGUACCUGCUCACAACUCCUUGUAUCCCACUUAAAAAGCCACCAGCAUUUUAGAAUCAUGAAUUGGUCUUAAUUAUUGAAUCCAAUUAUUAAAAAAAUGCCAGUGAAAGCAAUACUGCUGCAGGAUUGGUUUGCUUUUCUCUAAAUGCCACUGUGAAGCUGUACUCUCAAAAAAUAAGAGUUGAAAUUCAUGGUGAGUAUGUGUAUUUUCAAAAGUUUUACUUAUCUAAUGAUUUUUAGUAUUCUGUCUGUUGCACAUAUUAAGUGACAAAAGCUACUUCUGUGGUAUGGUUUUAAUGGUGUGACUAACAGCCCUGUUAGAGCAUGACUCAAGGUUUCAGUUGUGUUGUGUUGGAGAAAGUUGCUUAUUUUUUAUUUUGGUGAUAGAAAUAUCCAUGGAAGAACUCAUAAAGGUAUGGAUCUAAUAAUUGCAUAGUUAAAUCUACAGUCUUCUUUUCUUGACAAUUUAAAUAUAGUAUUAAAACUUCUAACUUGAUUUCCAAUUAGAUUUGUAGCUAAAUAGUCCUUUCAGUAAAAUAAAAUGAAAAGUUUGGGUUUUUUUAGCUAGUGCCUUUUUCUCUGUAUGCCUUAAUUUUGUUCAUGCUAGAACACCGUAUUGAAAUAUGUCAUCCAAUUCCAUGUCACCAAAGCAGUCUUAGAGAAUGGGUUUUUUCAAAGUGCCCAAAGCAGAGCUUGCCUAAUUGCAUUGAAAAGGUGUGGAGUUAUAAUCUACAGCAGACAUUCAAAUUCAGAACUUGAAAGUGAUUUUUGGUUUCCUGUGCUAAUACAUGCUUUGUGUUUGCAUUCUGGAUAUUGUACACCAGUGUACAUGCCAGAAGGAGGAUUUGUCUGCAUUCACUGCAGUAACUGGAUUGUCAGGAUUUGGCUUCCUGGCUCUGGGUACCCGACUCUGCUGCAGAGUUUCUUACUGGGCUUGAAAGCAAAGUUGGUACAUUUGUAAGUGUGGUACUGUAUUAAAAGCUGUUUACUUUCAGUGCACAGGAAUAUGAUCUGUCCAAGCAAACCAACAGAUUUCUUUCCUGUGCUUUUUGGAUAAUCCCAAUCCUGCUGUUGUCUUGACUGAAAGCCUUGUAGCACCCAUAGGUACAGUGCAGUAGAGCAAGCCAUUCUUUUGGACAGCAUAGAGCAAUGUUGAACUGCAGCUUCAGAGACUUGAGCAAAUUGGUCAGAUCUACAGUUAUUUAUAACCAAUUUCUUACUUUUUUAAUCUUGAAAGACUGUGUCACGCAUAUAGAGAAGUAUAAUUUGUGUGCUUGAAUGUAAGUACCUAUGGUGUUUCUGGAAAAGCGAAAGUAUUGCCUCCAGUGUCAUUUCUUCUUGCUGGUAACUUGCUGUCUUGUGGCAAUGACAAGUCUGCAGUGUAGAAUCACAUACAAUUACCAAAGCUUUUCUAUCCCAUAUACAUAUAGCCAGAAGUGAUGUUUCAUGUCUCUUAUAAAUAGUGUAUGUCCACCA